UUCACUUCUUAUUUCCGGACUGAAUUUUGGUCAUUACCCACUUGAACUAGCUACACAAUCAUACAGCUAGCUACCCACUGUACUGAAUCAGAAUUACAAGAAUCAUCACCAAUGAUGAGUUGCUUACUGUGGAAGUCAGUUACUUUCCUGAGCCUGGUUUGGGCUGUUGGAGGACAAUCAAGUGGAGACCUGAGGCUGGUAGACAACUACGGCCGAAAAGGAGGCUCCUCUGGCAGACUGGAGGUCUACUACAGUGGACAAUGGGGGACAGUGUGUGAUGACAGCUUCGGUGUAAAUGAUGCAAGAGUGGCUUGUCGUCAACUAGGGUACUCAACCUACACUCGAUACGGAACAGUUGGAACGCUAGGUUUCUCCCAACCUUCAUCAUCCACUCCGACAUGGCUGGAUGAGCUUGCUUGCUCCGGAACUGAGAGCAGACUCAUUUAUUGUAAUGCUAACCCUAUCGGAGUUGAAGAUUGCACCCAUUCAGAAGAUAUUGCCUUGAUCUGCACUGGAAGUACUCCAAGCCCUUCAAGUGGAGAGCUUAGGUUGGUAGGCAGCUUUAGUCGAACAGGAGGUUCCUCUGGCAGACUGGAGGUCUAUUACAAUAGACAAUGGGGGACAGUGUGUGACGACAGAUUCGGUAUAAACGAUGCAAGAGUGGCUUGUCGUCAACUAGGGUUCUCAACCUACAGUCAAUACGGAUCAGUUGGAAUGCUAGGUUUCUCCCAAGCUUCAUCAUUCACUCGGACAUGGCUGGACGAGCUUGCUUGCUCCGGAUUUGAGAGCAAACUCAUUUAUUGCAAUGCUAACACUAUCGGAGUUGAAGAUUGCACCCAUUCACAAGAUAUUGCCUUGUCCUGCACUGAAAGCACUACGAGUCCUCCAAGUCCUUCAAGUGGAGACCUGAGGCUGGUAGACAGCUCAAGCCAAACAGGAGGCUCCUCUGGCAGACUGGAGGUCUAUUACAGUGGACAAUGGGGGACAGUGUGUGACGACAGAUUCGGUGUAAACGAUGCAAGAGUGGCUUGUCGCCAACUAGGGUUCUACACCUACACUCGAUACGGAACAGUUGGAACGUUAGGUUUCUCCCAACCUUCAUCAUCCACUCUGAUAUGGCUGGACGAGCUUCGUUGCUUAGGAACUGAGAGCAGACUCAUUAAUUGCCCUGCUAACACUAUCGGAGUUGAAGAUUGCACCCAUUCAGAAGAUGUGGCCUUGGCCUGCACUGCAAGUCCUUCAAGUGGAGACCUGAGGCUGGUAGGCAGCUUUGGCCGAACAGGAGGCUCUUCUGGCAGACUGGAGGUCUAUUACAGCAGUCGAUGGGGGACAGUGUGUGAUGACAGUUUCGGUUCAAAUGAUGCAAGGGUGGCUUGUCGUCAACUAGGGUUCUCAACCUACAGCCGAUACGGAACAGUUGGAAGGCUAGGUUUCUCCCGAGCUUCAUCAACCACUCGGACAUGGCUGGACGAGCUUCGUUGUCGAGGAUCUGAGAGCAGACUCAUUAAUUGCCCUGCUAACACUAUCGGAGUUGAAGAUUGCAGUCAUUCAGAAGAUAUUGCCUUAAUCUGCACUGAAAGUUUCUCACAAAUAACGAGCGUCGGGGUUGGUAUUGGAGUUACUAUUCCUAUCAUCAUCAUCAUAGUUGUGAUUGUUGUCUUGGUCUGUGUUUUAACAAGUAGAAGGUGUCAUCUGGCUCGCUACCCACGCACGACUCCCCUAAUAACUGCGUCAAAUACACAAGAUACAGCCUAUCCCGUGCAGCAACCCAUGGAUCAAACUCCUCCCUACUCGCCCCCUCAAAAUAUGCAACCGGUGGCUGCCUUCCCGACUGGACAAUAUGCUCACCCCCAGUACCACACGUCCUAUCCUCAGCAACCCCCUUCCCCUUAUCCUCCUGGGGGACAACCCCCAGCUCCUGGAAAGCAACCCCCUGCUCAGUACCCCACUGGACAACCACCACCUGCUCAGUACUCCACUGGACCACCUCCCCCUGCACCAUACUUGUUUGGCGGAGAAGCCCCUCCAGCAUAUCCGAACUAAGUAUAUGGGGACUGCCAAUCGUGCAAGUAGAAUCUUGAAGCAUUAACACAAAUUGUGACUUGAUAUAUAUAGUGAUAGCAAAUUGUCCUCUCCCUUUAAAUACACUAUUUUGUAAGUUGAUUUUGACAUUUAUGCGCAUACUAUCAUUCUGUGUACAUGUACAUGUAUUGCAUAGCUAUAAUUAUUGACAGCAACUUAAAA